AUGGAGAUGCAGAUCCUUCCAGGAUUAUCCAACUUGUCUAAGUUGAUUUCACUUGACCUCUCCAGGAAUUACUUCCCAGUUGGCCGAACAACAUUCACAAGUUUGCUGCAGAAUUUAACCAACUUAGAGGUACUGUUGUUUGACAACGUGGACGCACCAACUGAGUUACCUAAGAAUUUUCCUUCUUCCCUUAGGAAAUUAAGUCUUGAAGACACCAUCAUGUUUGGGAACAUAAAUGAUUCUCAGCUUUUUCAUUUACCAAACUUGCAAGUCCUGAGAUUGGGAUCGAAUCCUUCAUUAACAGGCACUUUGCCAAAUUUUAAUUGGAGUUUCAGUGAAAGUAUUUUAGAGUUGGACUUUUCUUAUACUGGUAUUUUUGGGAAGGUUCCUGAUUCUAUUGGUAAUCUCCAUUCUCUUUGCUAUUUGAACCUCCAGAAUUGCUCUCUAUCUGGCCCGAUUCCAGAAUCCAUCGGCAACCUCACUGCAAUCACAGAGUUAACACUUUCAAGUAACAGCUUCACUGGUAAUAUUCUCUCAACUAUCUCAAAAUUAAACAAACUUGUUCAUUUACAUCUCUCAAACAACCAUUUCCAAGGCUCAUUUCCAGAAUCCAUUGGCAACCUCACAAAAAUCAUAAAGUUAACGCUUCAAUGUAACAACUUCACUGGUACUGUUCCCUCAACUAUCUCAAAAUUAAACAAACUCGUUGAGUUAGAUCUCUCUUUCAACCAUUUUCAAGGCUCGAUUCCAGAAUCCAUUGGCAACCUCACUGCAAUCACACAGUUGACGCUUUCAAUUAACAGCUUUACUGGAAAUGUUCCCUCAUCUAUCAGAAAGCUAAACAAACUUCACUCCUUAUCUCUCUCUCUCAAUAAUUUUGAAGGCCCGAUUCCAGACAUCUUUGCCAACUUUUCAGAGCUAGAUACUUUAGAUUUUAAAAGAAACAAUUUCACUGGUCCAUUCCCCUAUUCAAUUGCAACCUUGACACGCCUUGGGAGUUUAGAGUUGCAAAACAAUUCACUAACUGGUCCACUUCCCUCUAAUAUAAGCGAACUUCAAGAGCUGUAUUAUCUUGAUUUGUCCUUCAAUUAUUUCACUGGCACAACACCCCCUUGGUUAUUCCAUCUUCCAUCCUUGAUUAAUUUAUAUGUUCAACACAAUCAAUUUACUGGAUUGCCAAAUGAGCUUAAGAGAAGUUCUUCAGGUUUCACUGAUGUUAAUCUUUCAUACAACCAGUUGUACGGCGAAAUCCCUAAUUGGAUAUUAUCUUUGAGAAUUCAUAGCCUGGAUAUCUCUCACAACUUCCUCACAGGCUUUGAAAAACAAGUAUGGAGUUCAACGGAUUUGUGGUCGCUUAAUUUGGAAAACAAUUUUCUUCAAGGACCUUUGCAUCAAUCCAUUUGUGACUUGAUUUACCUUAAAGUCCUCAUUUUGGCUCAGAACAAUUUCAGUGGUUCAAUCCCAGGAUGUUUGGGUACUCCCAAUAGCUACAUUUUUAUUAUAGACUUGCGAAUGAACAAUUUUCAUGGAGAGAUACCAAGAUUCUUACAUAAAGGGUUACAAUAUCUCGGUGUGUAUGGCAAUCAAUUGAGGGGACAAGUCCCGCGAUCCUUGGUUAACUGUACAAGCUUGGUAGCUCUUGAUUUGGGGAACAACAAGUUAAAUGACACGUUCCCCAUAUGGCUGGAGAAACUUCCAAACCUACAAGUUCUGAUUCUUAAAUCAAAUCUCUUUCACGGUCCAAUUGGUGAUCUGGAGUCUCAGUUUCCAUUUCCUGAGUUACGGAUCUUUGACCUUUCCUGCAAUGGGUUCACUGGAACUUUGUCAUCUAAUCUUUUCAAAAGUUUCAGAGGCAUGAUGGAUGUGGAUGAAGAAAAAACAGCAAGUACAAACACUGACACGGAUUACCUUUACAAUAUUAGUUUGGUGAUAAAAGGUAAUGAGUAUGAUAUGAGAAUCACGUCAAUUAUGACGAGUGUUGAUUUAUCAAGCAACAGGUUUGAAGGAGGUAUUCCAAAUUCCAUUGGAAGUCUGAGCUCACUUGUGUUACUCAACCUGUCUCACAACAGCUUCCGUGGUCAUAUUCCUGCAGAAUUUGCAAAGUUGCAGGCGCUCGAAGCAUUAGAUCUCUCAUGGAACAGACUCAUUGGAGAAAUUCCAGGUCCAUUGUCGAGUUUGACAUUUCUUGAGGUCUUAAACCUUUCCUACAAUCAUCUGGCUGGGCGCAUUCCCAUUGGGAAACAGUUCAAUACAUUUCCAAAUGAUUCAUAUUGUGGAAAUCCUGAUUUAUGUGGAUUUCCACUGUCAAAAGAAUGUGGAAACAAAAAUGAGUCACCACUUGAACACGAUGAUGAUGAUGAUGAUGAUUCAUUUUUUAUGAGCGGGUUCACAUGGGAAGCAGUGGUAAUAGGUUAUGGUUGUGGUAUGAUAUUUGGAUUGUUGAUAGGAGGCCUCAUGUUUCUAUUGGAAAAACCAAAAUGGUAUGUGAACUUUGCUGAAGAUAUUGCUCAACACAUUGCUGCUAACAAGCGAACAAGGCAAAAGAAGAGACGUCAAAGACGUGGUUUAAGAAUGAAUUAGUAAUAUACCAGAGUUUGCUGGAGAGUUGGACAAAUUCAUUAGCAAUGGAUGCAUCUGUUACAUUUGAAUUCUAUAGUUUUGUGACUAA